CUUCCGAUAUAAACCAACGAAGAGCAGUCGCCGUUGACUUACGUAGCAUGAUGCUAGCUCCAAGGUUGGGGGUAAACAAACGUUCCUUUAACAUUUCCGAGCUUCACUAAGGAUUGCUGUUAUGGGACUGCUACUAGUCAGUUCAUGUUCACAUUGACUCGUAAAAAACACCAUGUCGGCCAUGUUGUUACCGCACAGCACGGCUGUUUGUAGAAGGCGCAGCAGAUGUUUAUUCCUGUCGCUAUCAAAGCGUAACUCUCAUGCUUUUGCAAGCAAACUCAUCAACACCCAUAGCGGCAAAAAUGUGCUGUCAAGGUGUGUUAACGUGGGUAAGACGCUUGUUUCAAGCUCAGAGGGGGCUCUGACAAGUCGCACACAGAGUAAACUCAUCCAGAGUCUUCUUCACAGACCUUUAGGAUCUAGCAUGGUGGGACUUAGCAAAGAGUUAAUCAGGAACAACCUACUGAGAAAUCCAGUUGGUUUGAUUAAUCUAUUAGGAGCAACGCACUUUUUCAGUGCGUCUCAGUCUCAACGACAGAACGAUAAAAGUUCUGGAUCAAAGGGAAAAACUCCACAGGAAGAUGAAGAAGAGAAGAAGCGGCGUGAGCAGGAGGAUCAGAUGUACCGCGAUCGCCUGCGCACUCUCUUCAUCAUUGCACUCAUCAUGAGCCUACUGAACUCCAUCAACACCAGCGGUGGGAACAUCUCCUGGAACGACUUUGUCAACGAGAUGUUGGUCAAAGGAGAGGUGUCCCGUGUGCAGGUGGUUCCUGAGAGCGACAUCGUGGAAAUUUAUCUUCACCCGGGGGCCGUUAUCUUUGGAAGGCCUAGGCUGGCCCUCAUGUACAGGAUGCAGGUUGCUAACAUAGACAAGUUUGAGGAGAAGCUGAGAGCAGCAGAGGAGGAGCUGAACAUUGACGUUAAAGAUAGAAUCCCGGUGUCCUACAAACGCACGGGAUUCUUUGGGAAAACCAUCUAUGCUCUGGGGAUGGCUGCUGUAGGCGUAGCUAUUCUCUGGUACAUCUUCCGACUAGCAGGCAUGGUUGGCAGGGACGGCGGCUUCAGCGCUUUUAAUCAGCUGAAGAUGGCCAAGUUCACUAUUGUAGACGGGAAAUCGAGUAAAGGCGUGAGCUUCAAGGAUGUAGCGGGACUGCAUGAAGCGAAGAUGGAAGUAAAAGAAUUUGUCGAUUACUUAAAGAGUCCAGAGCGGUACCUGCAGCUGGGAGCCAAAGUUCCCAAAGGUGCGUUGCUGCUUGGACCUCCUGGAUGUGGCAAAACCCUGCUAGCGAAGGCCGUAGCUACGGAGGCUCAGGUUCCCUUUCUGGCUAUGGCCGGCUCUGAGUUUGUGGAGGUCAUAGGAGGUCUCGGCGCCGCCAGGGUCCGGAGUCUGUUCAAAGAGGCUCGCGCUCGAGCGCCGUGCAUCGUCUACAUCGAUGAGAUCGACGCCGUGGGAAAGAAGCGCUCCACCAACAUGUCGGGUUUCUCCAACACCGAAGAGGAGCAGACGCUCAACCAGCUGCUGGUGGAGAUGGACGGCAUGGGAACCACAGACCACGUCAUAGUCCUCGCCUCCACCAACAGAGCAGAUAUUCUGGACAAUGCUCUGAUGAGACCAGGCAGACUGGACAGACACAUCUUCAUCGAUCUGCCCACUCUGCAGGAGAGGAAGGAGAUCUUUGAGCAGCACCUGAAGAUCCUGAAGUUGACCCAGCCGGCUGAUUUCUAUUCGCUGCGUCUGGCCGAGCUCACCCCAGGCUUCAGCGGUGCGGACAUCGCCAACAUCUGUAACGAAGCUGCUCUGCACGCUGCUAGAGAAGGCUUCAAGUCCAUAGAUACGUUCAACUUUGAGUAUGCAGUGGAAAGGGUCAUAGCAGGGAGUGUGAAGAAAAGUAAGAUCCUGUCCAAGGAAGAGCGGAGGGUGGUCGCUUUCCAUGAGUCGGGCCACGCGUUGGUGGGGUGGCUGCUGGAGCACACGGAGGCUGUGCUGAAGGUGUCGAUCGCCCCGCGGACGAACGCGGCUCUGGGGUUCGCUCAGAUCUUACCCAGAGACCAGUUCCUGUUCACCAAGGAGCAGCUGUUUGAGCGCAUGUGCAUGGCUCUGGGAGGGAGAGCAGCAGAGGCUCUCACGUUCAACAGAGUCACCACGGGAGCUCAGGACGACCUGCGUAAGGUGACACGCGUGGCCUACUCCAUGGUGAAGCAGUACGGCAUGUGUGACGGCGUGGGACAGGUCUCCUUCCCGGAGACUGAAGAACAGGGUGCAGUCGGACGCCGUCCCUUCAGCCAGGGUCUGCAGCAACAGAUGGAUCACGAGGCGAAGCUGUUGAUCGCUCGAGCGUACAGACACACAGAGAAGCUGCUGCAGGACAACAGAGACAAGCUCACACAGCUGGCCCACGCCCUGCUGGAGCGUGAGGUGGUGAACUACGACGACAUCGAAGCCCUGCUGGGUCCGCCGCCUCACGGGCCCAAGAAGAAAAUACUGCCACAGAGCUGGGUGGAGGCUGAGAGGGACAAGCAGGACACGGGGGACAGCGAACCUCCUCCACCUCCCGACAAGCACAGAGAGGACGACGUAAAUCCUCACUUAGUUGUCCCACGUUGAUCUUUUCCAGCUGCUGCUGUUGGUUCAUCAGGGACGGCAGAAUAUUCUGGAAAAUAUUCACCUUUUCGCUCCGGCUUGUAAAGGUUUCCAAAUGCACCGGUUUUGUUUAUAGAAACGAUAGUUUGGAGCUUUGUGAAUAAAUAACAGCUGUUGUUGUUGUCAUGUUUGCUGCCCAAACAGAUCAUCGCAUCCUAGCAGCACUUAAAGCAACAUGAUUUAAUAAAGAUGCAGCAGGACGUGGGGAGUAAUGCUCCCGUCGUCGUUUCCUGUAGUGAACAUUCA